AUGAUCCUAGAUGCUUCCGAAAGGCGGCAAGAGUGCUAUCAAUCAUCUACGCAAGCUGAUUUCAAUCCGUACUCUUUUCCUGUUGUUCUAAUUGUCGUUUCGGUUAUUGAUGUGAUUGUUUUAGAGCCCGAUUGCAGAAUCCUAGAGGAUGAAGUCACUAUUGGUUCAGAGUUAUCGGAGCUUGCACAAGAAAGUGAUAUGUAUCAAGAAUCGGUAUCACCCGAAAAUCAUGUUCAGACACCAGUGAAGUGGACGCAAAUGAUCACAAGCUGUGAGCUUCUUCCAAUCACGGCCCUUCCUUUCCAGAUUACGCACAAGGACAAAGACGUUCUGCGUUCUGCUGUUGAAAUAGUGUCUUGA